AGAUUCUUUUCCAAUCAAUAUACACGUUGUUGCAGUGUGCAUCACCCGAUGCUAUUGCCAGGCUACCAGCAACAAAACUAGAGCACGAUGCAGAGAAGCUUUGGGCAGAAUAUUUUAGAAAUCAGAAACAUGGGAGUUUGAAAGAUUAUCUAGUUCAGUGCUUGGGAAACAAUAAAGAUACUGAAAACAAUAGUUCUCUUGUCCAGGUAAGCUUUCUAGUAUUGACUAAAAUUGUAUUCGGUCAUUUUAGUAUAAUUGUGUGUACAUUGUUGUUGAUGCAUGCAGGCUAUUGUUUUAGCUAAGAAAUGGGUUUGACUACCUCACGGAGGUUCGUUAUGGGUGAUGUCAAUGAACUUGGCAUCCGGUGUGUUAAUCUCUUAAUAACACCCUACCCCUAACCUCCGCAACUAACACCUGUGAGUUGCGGAGGUUAGGGAUAGGGUGUUAUGAAGCAAAACCAAAUAAACUGUUUGGCUGCUUCGUCUCAUUAACAAUAAUGUUGUUUUUCUCCUUUUUCCCUGCAAAUCAUACCACUUAACUCCUGAAAUUUUCCAUACUUUUGAGAUCAAUGAGGAGAUCCACCAUGAAACAGAGGCACGCACCCUCGAUUAAUGAUGAACUUUAGACAUCGCUAAUGCUUUCCUUUUCCCGGAUAUAAACAGCCAAGCGGAAUUAGUACUCUCGCCCCAGGGUUACGCCCGGAACUGCGCCUCAUGCUGUUGACUCAACGACUAAUGCUUUCAUAGUUAAAAAAAUAUUGUUACAGCUUUGUUACACAGUUAUUCAGCAUUAUUGAAAGGCUUUUGAGCCACUGUUGAGCACACAAGAAAGCAAUUGCGUGUCAAGUUGGGGUUAUAUUGCAAGGAUAACUGGCACAGAUUACUGUUUUAAUAAGUGGCGAAUGUAUAUAAUAAUGGGUCACAGCAUAGCAGGAUAUGUUGCACCAUUUGCGCGGUCACUCUUUAGUAAAGUGGCAAUGUUUUCAUAUUUUGCUUUGGCUUAUUACGGUAAUCAAAUCCACAAAGUCAUAACAUUCUUAUUAAUUAUAAAACGUUCUUCUCCAGAUUACCACCCACUCUCGAUUGUUAUCACAAUCAAAUUCUCGGGCCAUAGCGUCAGCCGCUGGGUUUACAGGUUCACGGUCUCGUUGUAUUAGCCUUCAGGAAUUUCAUACAGAGCAACAAUUCAUCAAGACAUUAGGGUAAGUGAAGUUAACGUUACGUAUGGGGAAACGAUCAGGGUCUUAGCUAGGAUUUAAGAUUUUGGGCGUGUCUAGCCAGUUUCUCAGAAUAGCCAAAUGCACGGUUCCAGUUAUGCUUGUCAACAUUAGACUAACGCAUGUAUUCUAAAAGCUCACUCACGCUCACACUCAAAGAGAGCAUGUUUAAUCUCGGCUCUGCUUAAGUGUCAGUGUAGUUUUUGAAUAGCUGAAGGGUGAGUAGUCACAUAGUAAACUACGACACUAACUUUAAAAAAUUGCACUGACACUUACUGUCGAUGCAAUGGAAGUGUUGAUAAAAUAUUGCAUGAAUUCAUUUCCUCAAGUUCAUCAAUUCAUACCAAUUCAAAUUUCUUUUUACUUCCUGUGCGCUUCCUAUUGGUCAAUCGGUUCUGAAACGAAAUCUAAUUGGUUCGUCUAAAAGUAACAGGAAGUUGAUCAAUUUUCUAUGAAAUGAAUUGAUCAACUUGAGGAAAGGAAUUGGUGCAAUAUUUUAUCAACACUUCCCUUGCAUCGACAGUAAGGGAAGCUCAGAUUUAACCUCAACUCUUUGGGUGUGAGUGAACUUUUAGAAUACAGGCGUAUGCCUGUGAUUAUUUUAUGCAAUUCGACAAAUACAAGGCCAACAUGUGCUCAUAUAUUUCAUACGGAGUGCAGGGAUUAAUACAAGCACUUUCCACUUGAGUUUUGAAACUCAAUCUCUCUCCGUAAUUAUAUUUUUCGCAAUAUGCUGUGAAUAUAUCUUUGUUAUGCCUGUAUGUGAAUUUUGAUACCCACACAUUUCCGCCUGAAAGUUGAAAAUAGAGCGAGUACAGAGAAGAGCCACCAAGUACAUGCGCAUGAGAGCUAGGAAAAGUUACUCAGCUACAACGAGCGAGUCAAAUAUUUACCCUCGUGUUAUGACAGAGAAAUAAAAAAAUAUGGUUUUCUUCUACAAUGCUCUUUAUGGUGUCUCUGACCUCAACAUUUACGACUAUGUCUCUUUUGUCACCCACAAAUCCAAAUCUGAUGCUCAGCCUCAAGACUCCUUUUUGCUCAAGAUACUUAUGUCAAUAGAAUUGUAAAAUUAUUGAACAGUGUUUGCAAAGUAGCUCGUCCAAAUAUUUUCUCUAGUGUCAAAACAUUUAAACAUUACCUUUGUAGUUCCUAUUUAAUGUAAGAUUCUAUACCAUAUUUGAUGUAAAUGUGUUAUGUACUUGGUCUAUAUCGCAUGAUUGUCCUUGUCACAGGAGUCAACUGUUUCAUUGUAUGAAUUUUCAUUGGUAUUCAAAAUGUAAACUGUUUAUUCUAUAUAUUAUGUAUGUACUUUGUUGGAAAGGUGCCUUGCAUGAGAAGUGUUUGGGUAUAUUCUUCUGUUUGUUGUAUUUGUCCUACAUUUUUAAAAAAAACGUUCAUUUAGAUAGAGGUUUAAAGCGAAAAAGAAGAAACUGUGGCAAAUGUGAAUAUGUAAAAAGAAGACAGUACUUGAUUGUUAUGUAUUCUUUAACACGCUAUUAAAAACCUAUUUUAAAACGGUUACAGUUGUUCUCAAAAGUGCUGCCUGAAUGCGCGUUAUGUUAUUUCAUAGAAACGAAAUAAAAACGAUUUACAGGGGAUCAAGAGUUUUGGUGGAAGUGAGGUAGUGUUCUCCUUCAAAAACCCAAUCUUCCGAAAAAAGGCGGUAGUAGACUAAAAUGCUUGUAUUAAUCCCUGGUAUCUUUGUACUACCUUUUAUAAUUCAAAUAUGGUUCUCGCUGGAUAACUACUCUCAUUUGUUUUUGCUGCCGUAGCGAGCGAGCGAGCGUGAAGCGAGCGAGCGAGGCAGCAGUCCUAAUCUUUAUGUAUAUGUAUAUAUAUAUAUAAGGCAGAUGAAAUCUCGAUCGUUUUGGUGUAUUUCGUCCUACCACAAUGCACUGCUUCCGGGCCGGCAGGCUAUUCUUGCCUAAUAAACAGGCAUAAGGCAAACAAGCAAUGUGAUCAUCUUUUAUCUUUGGUUUUCUUUUAUGGAUAGCCAUAGCUGACGUAAGUGAUCAAACGGCAUUUUGUCGAUACGCAGUGGUUCGAACGUUAUACGCGGUGGUUUCGCUAUUAUACGCAGUAGUUCGAGCAUUAUACGUGGUGCUUUCGCCAUUAUACGCGGUGCGUUCGCCAUUAUGUGCAGUGGUUCGAGCAUUAUACGCGGUGCUUUCGUCAUUAUACGGGGGUGUUUUUAACAUAAUUUCCAUAUUCUUUCCAUGCAUAUAAUCUCACGAUUGCUUAAUAAAUCUGGUAGGCCUAUGUGGCUGUGCUUUUUGCCUCUGGUCUGCAAUGACAAUGACAUGCUUUUAAAAAGGUUUAUUUAUAAAAAGGUGACUGCACUUUGUGAGUUCUUAUAUAUUAUCAUAUAGUGUUGAUUUAUUAGUAAUAAAUAUGUGUAUAUAACAUAGGUAUAUAAAUUAAUAUAACGCAGCGAAUGCGCGCCAAGCAGUACAGUAUAAACGCGGCUGAAAUACGAUAUUAAAAUCUUGAAUGUGCCGUAUGAUUUAAUUAUGUUUUAGGAUUUAAAGCCUUUAAAAAUGCUUUGUCAUUUGUACUUGUACUGCAUCACAACGCAGUGCGUAAGUGAACAGAUUCCACAUGUGAGGUUGUCUUGCAUAUAUUUUUGCCUUCUUUGAUAAACAUUGUUAAACACGCAAAUUUAGUGAGACGCACAUUCCGACACUCGCACAUGUUAAAUGUCACCUGCAUGUCAUUGUCAUUGCCCUUUAACCCCUGGUCCAAAUCAUGAUUAUUGAAGCGGGGCCGUUUUGAUCUAGCACCGUAUUUGUAGGCAAAUUGCCAAAUUGUCUAUACAAUUUUAUAUACUAGAUAUCACAGCCAUACCUGCCAUUUUGAUCUUUUCCUCGCGUUAGAUAAGUUGAUAAGUACACUCAUUCUUGUUAGCCAUCGCACCUGUUUGGCUGUUCCUCUUUCGAUACGAAACUUCGAGCGCGCCGAGUUAUCAUACGGCACAUUCAAGUUAUGGAUGAUUCCAACGGACCAUUCCUCGAUUAACCAAAAUUUUGAACACAACAAAUCUAGACUUUGCAAUUUUCAGUCAUUUUAGAUUACAAACGGGAGAUGGUUACCACUUCUGUGCGUAAUACAAAUUACAAAAUGACUGAAAAUUACAAACUUCGCAAGGCUAUAUUAUCCGCAUUUUACCACAUUUUGCAACAAAACUUUGGAAUAUUACUAAUUUUGUGAUGCUCUUUCAAGUUGUGAUGAAAUUUUUGUUUAGGCUAGUUAAGAUCAAAAUUUUGGAAAAGUGGUAACCAUUUCCCGUUUGUAAUCUAAAAUGACUGAAAAUUGCAAAUUUAGCAAGGCUAUAUUUUACAACAUUUCGCAACGAAACUUUGGAAUAUUACUAAUUUUGCGAUGCUCUUUCAUGCUAUGAUGGAAUUUUGUCUAGACUUGUUGAGAUCAAAAUUUUGGUUAAUUGGGGAAUGGUGAUUACAAAUAUUUCUUACUCUUAUUCUUUAAAAUAUUAAAGAUUUGGGAACAAUGCUAUACCAAGGCAGCAUUCACUACCCUGUGGGUAAGCUAGUUACCUUCUUCACUUUCAUGUAGAGAAUUCUUUGUUGCACUUGGUGGUUAUGAAGGACUUCUGCUUGUUCAAUGUGAUAAUGGUGAGGCGAACUUCAACCUAAUUGCCUGUUGUCGAUAUCUUGUUGAUGAAACCCGGCGUCGUACACUAGAAGACAUUGAUGUUUCUGUGAAACCUAUCCACAUCAUCUUUAUCAUUCAGUUGCCGAAGAUUGCUGGGGGAUGUCAACAUUUUGUAGGAUUUCAAGGUGGAAAAUGGCAGUCAGUUCAUAUUGACGAGCUUCUUGAAUCAAAUGAGCAGCUUCCACAGAUUGAGCAGCUUGUAAAUCGCGCAGUAAGUGAUCUGUUUCAGCCAGCCUACCCUGCAAGAAGUGAUGAAAUAGAAGACAUUGAUGUUGAUCUUGAUGCUAGUGGUAGCCAAGAACUGCGUGCAGAGAACAUAGAGGUAAAAGAAGAAUGUAGUGUAUAACUAGAAAAUACAUGCAUGCAGAAACCCUCGCCUUGCUGACAAAACCAUUGUAUUUUCCGAACAUGAAGUAUCUAAAGUAGUUGUCACGGUAACACGAUAAUUUUUUAAGAAUAUUCUUACAAAUGAAAAAUCGACUAAAAAUAUCUCUUAAUUACAAAAUUAUCAAUUUCCCAACAUAUAUAUGUUAGGUAUGAUAUAAAACGUAAUUUCAAACACUCAUUAAUAAUUCAUAAGCUUAUUGGCAAAUCAUGUCAACCAUAGUAUGUCACGUGCAGUGGCUUUAAAUCUGAUAAAGCACUCACUCCUAAUUAUUAUUCUUUAUAUAAAAAUACUAAUAAGGCAGUAUCUAUUGUAGUUGUAUCCUCAUUAGUAUUCUUUAUAUAAAGAAUACUAAUAAGGCAGUAUAUCUACUGAAUUUGUAGUCGUGUUUGAAGCCGUUUAAUAAACUCGCAGGUCGUCUUUUAUUGGGUCUAAAGCCACUAGCGCUGCGCGCUCGUGGCUUUAAACCUAAUAAAACACUCCUGCUCGUUUAUUAAACAGUACAUUACCUUCAAUUUAAGGUAAAACUCAACCACAAACGCUUCGCAAAACGUUUUAAAGUGUUCUUUAUAGAACUAAACUGCCUUUAAUUAAAUGACUUCAUCGAUAAAUAUUUAACGUCGGUUCUUUUAGCCGACUCUUUCGCCCUUUUUUUUUCUUGAAAUUUACAAAAUCUUGCAAAAAUGCGAGCAAAAAUGAAAUAUAUUUGCAAGAAAUUUAUCAAUCAUCAAAUCAAGAAAUGUUUGCUAUUUCGCUGUCGUCAUGCAGUCGUUAUAAUGCAAACUUUAAAUUGGACCAAUCACAGUGUUCGCUAAUCAUGACUGUCCGCCAUAUUUUUGAGAUCAGUGAGGAUGACCCCCCACGCACAGUGAGCCACGCCCGCGAUCAUUGGUGAACUUUCGACUUCGCUACUGCUUUCUUUUCCCCGGGUGUAAAUAGCCGGGGGGAAUUAGUACCCUCGCACGGCGCUUCGCGCCGUCGGCUCGGGGAUAAAACAACAGACCAAACAACCUCACGAACACGCGCGCGUCAUUUUGACGCAAGAUAAAAUUAUUAUAACUGUAAAAUUUUUUGUAACUGUAAUACAUCUUUGAUAAUGGCUGAAACGUCAGAAACAAUUAAAAAUUUAAUCUGGAUGAUCGUACAAUAAAUUAAAUUGCUAAGUAUAGUUGUCAACAAGGUCGAUGCGAAAUGUUAUUAAAUAAAAAAUAUUUACAAUAGUAGGGCUAGGAACCUUCUAGAAACCAUAAAGCUUUUGUUUAAGGUCCCUAUAUAGUUACAAUUCAAAUAAUAUGAUAUUAGGAGUUAAUGUACCAGUUCACUUGUUUUCGAAGAAAUUACGGUGAUAUAUUUACAAUAAGCAAAGUGCGUAAAGAUAUAAUAGACUAUAACAACUAUUUGGCUUUUCACUUUGUGCUAAGAAUUCUACUUAUUUAAAUUUGACAGAAGAAAAUGCAUUUCGAAUAUUGGAAGAAAUCUAAUUAAUUUUGCUUGUAUUGCGUCCGAAGAUUAUUCCACACAUCGAGCGUACUGUAUGUUUUUUAUAAUUUGUUCUAGUACAACUUUUGUGUAGCAAUGAUGCUUUUCUUGUGUUAUAAUUAUGGAUUUAUUUUUUAGUUAAAAAAUAUUUAUUAAACAUUUCUGGAAGAUUUUGUAGAUGAAAAUAUCAGAACAUAAUGUCGCCAAAGCCGCAAGCCAUUUACGCUCAUUUCGUUAAAAAGUUAUUAUUUUACAUAAAAAUCAAGUGAAAAAUUCAGUUUUCUUUAUGUGGUUUAUACUAAAACGUUAGACAACUCAGUCUCGUUGUCUCUGAGCGAUUAGUAAUAAAAAUGAAGUUGUGCAUGCAUGUCCAUGAUUUUGUACUUUAUUAAAAGACUUAGUGGUGAUCGAAAAUGUUGUUAUAGAAAAUAUGUAUGGUAUAGAAAACAUAUAACAUAAUUAAAAAAAAAAUACGAUCACUAAAUUGUGGUGAAAAUCAUGAAAAUCCAGUAUUCAAUAUUAUAACAUACUUGGACUAGCGAUUCUUGUAAAUUUUACUUCGAGAGUAACAAUAUACACGUCAACAAAAUUGAGUUUGUGUUAAGAAUACCAUGCAAUGUCCAAGGUGCAAUUAGGGUGUCUACCUAAUUUUCCUUAUUUUUUAGGAUUCUGAUGAAAAAGAGAAGGAUCAGCAAAAAAUUAAAGCGACAUUGUUGUUGAAAAACUGUCUGCAAGCUGCAGCAGCAAGAAUUUAUGAUGAGUCAGCUGAAGUCAACAGAGCCACGAAACGUAUUGAAAUAUUGCUGACAUGGUUGCCCGAAGAUAAUUCACAAGAAACAGGUUUAUAAAUCGGUUAUAUUUUUAUAUAACUGUCAUAUACAGUUAUAUAGUUAUAUAUAGUUUGUAAAGACGUACAGGGAUAGUUCCGGCCAGAUUUGCUAGGGUAUGCUUACCGAGAUUUGGUCAUGUAGUCUGUAUACUCUUGCGUUUCACAAUCAUACUACUAUCUAUUUGUAAUUGGCUUUCCAAAUCCUAAAAAAGAAUUUUAAAGGAAAUUCGAGGCACCCGCCCCCAGUAAACCCAUUCCUGAAGACGUAAUAACUUUCGAAUGUUGCUGAUCAUGCGUAUAAGAACAUUGGCACGCUAUUGAAUAGGGUUAAUUUUAAAUUAAGAAGGUCAUAAAGGACAUUUCGAUAAAAUAACGGCGUGAAAUCUUGGAUGGAAAAAUUUUGAUGGAAAAUGCUCGAACCAUGUAUUCGUAUUUAUAUAGCUAGUAAAGCCCCGUUCACACGAGCAAAUUUUAUUUGACAAAUUUCAUAUGUCAAACGUAUUUUGCUCGUGUAAAUGAUACAUUUGUGACAAAUUUAUAGUGACAAAUGCAUUUGAACAAAAGCUGCACAAAAGCUAGCAUAUCAUAUAAAAUUUGCUCGUGUAAACGGGGCUUAACUACAGUCAGUACCUUACUACCGUAUCAUAUAGAGAGGACCUAUACCUCAUAAAUCUGAUUUGUCCACGUCACCUCCUGAAAACCUGUUAAUAACAUGCUUAGGCAAGCUAAGUAUCCCCCCCCCCCCACCUAUACUUGCAUUCUAUGCCUCUGAGAGUUUUGUUUUGAGCUAUUGUUUGUCUAAAUUUGGCUAUUUUUGGUCUGUUCGUUGUACGUUGAUUGGGAAGCAGGUUAUAUAGGAAUUGUUUUGUUAGUGUCUACUGGGUUUCGCCGCCUUGCAGGUUGCUUCAAUAUUUUGUUGGUAUCUGUGUUUGUUUAAAAUUAGGUGAUUCGUACAGCUUAAAGUGAAAGUGCUUUGAUUUACUUUUCGACAGUGAAUUACCUUAAUUAAUAAUCGAUUAACGUUUAUAUCGUUAAAACCGAAAUCAAACUGGAUAGCAACUAAAUUACAGUUUUAUUAUUUAUUUUUAGAAUUUUCCAAAAUCCUUGCCACCCGCGUUCACAAAUUACUCCAGCAACGAGACGAGAAAUGUCCUGUGAAUCAAAGAUUGUGGUUACAACACGAAGCUCUGCGUCAAGGGCAUCUUCAGGAAACUGGAACAUUCAGAAAAGCGUUAUGGCAGAAACUUUCCUCAAUUAUUUCUCCAAUGUUAUCAGAAGUGAUUGCGUACUGUGAUCAAAAUCACAACCUCGACUUGCUAGGCGAAGAAAAGGAAUGGAAAACAAGAUUGUGGCUAACAAUGAUCAAUGAAGAAGUAAUUACGCCUCUAAGUUAUGAUUCUUUUACUUCUCCCGUAUCGGGUAGAGUAAGAGAAAAGGCUCGUGUUUCGAGUACUGGAGUUGGACAUCGUUUUAAUGCGAAAUUUCCGUUUUCAUGGAUUGUUAAAGAUAUGGUCAACGUUCUUUUGCUAAAAGUUGGAGGUGCGUAUGUUUUGCAAUAGGGAUAUUCGAUGUAACGGGAAUAUAAUACCGAUUUUAUCGGUGUUGGGGCAUUGUUGAUUAGAAAUGAAAAUUCCUUUGUUGAAAUUUGAAUGAAAUUAGAUAUCGAUUUUGAAAAGGGAGAGGCCUGUGCACGAGAGAGUAGACAGAUGUUGUUUUAAAUAACACUGAUGAAAUUUCUACACAUUAACGUAUAGCGAUCGUGUUUAUCCAGAGGUGAAGAACAGUGUUUUAUUGAGAUUUAACACCAAUACAUUAUAGCUUAUUCCGUGAAAAGAUAAAUCAUGACAGCUAUGGAAGGAAAGUUUUGUUUUUAGUGCAAAGUUGCUUUGCACUGUUGUUAUGAGAAAAAUUCAAACCAGUGACCGAUCAAUGGAUCGAUCGAGACAUUUAGAGAAGUUAUAAUCAAAUGACUGUUACAUUUCAGCCAAGCACUUGUUAUUACAUGAUUUGCUCUCCUGCAACAUAGAACAAAUGAAUAAAUACACGUGCUCUCAUUUUACAAUGGCGGGCAUGCAUGGACAAGCGGUAACUAUUGAGCGGCGGUGUGAAAUAUAUUGUGUAGACCAUGCAGAGUGUAUUACAACUGAGGUUGACAGUAUUAUGAGAAAAUCUUUGAGAUUCUACCCAAUAUAUAAAUUGAUGUUAUACAUUAUGGGCAUUCAAUUAAGUGCCGAUAUAUAUUAUUUUGACGUAUAUAGCUUAUUCAUUAUACAGAGAUAGACUAUAGGAAGGAGCGAGACAGUGUUGUUUUCAAAUGUAUAAACAUUUCAGACGUAAAUAUUGAGAAAAUCUUCGAGAUUCUAUCUAAUAUAUAAAUUGAUUUUAUGCAUUACGGGCAUUUAAUUAAGUGCCGAUAUUAUUUUGAUUGUAUAUUCAUUAUACAGAGCUAGGAAGGGGCGAGACAGUAUGAUUUUCAAAUGUAUAAACAUUUCCGACGUGAAUAUUUAGACAAUCUUUGAGAUUCUACGCAAUAUACAAAUUGAUGUUAUGCAUGCAUGUUAUUAUUUAAGCGGUAUAUUCAUUAUACAGCGACUGUAUAAGGUGCUACAGUACACCACUGAAUAGAUGGUUAUACUCAGACACUCGAUAGUACACUGAAACUACACACACAUACAGCACGUGCGUGGCUCGCGUGCGUGUUUGGUUCUCUAAAUAUAGAAUUGAUUAUAGGGUUUAGAGGACAUGGUGGAAAAGACGGAGUAUGGAGUGCGGAAUACGGAGUCUUUCAAAACAGUUUAUUUUUCUUAGAUCCUUUUUUAAUGAGACUCCGCGUUUUCCAUUUUCUGCCCCCAUAUACACUUGCAGUGUUUUUCUUAAUUUGAAAUUUUGCACUAUCCUUGCCACAUGGAUCCCUAGUUUUAAAUUGGCACUAUAAUAUAUGAAAGAAAUCAAGAAGUCAAAAAUCACAUGAGGACUUCAAAUGUUUUUGAUUCCAAUGGGAAAAUAUAACCGCGUGCCUGUGGAAAUAUUUACCCCCAGAUGCUCAUGCGAGUUUACUUGUUCUUUUGUAUCAUUGUGUUAUGGUUUUUUCUGAGUUUAUGUUAAUUUGUGCACGAUCACAGUGAUUGAGCUCAUUGUAUUUUCGUAUAAUGAAGUAAUCGUCCAAUAUGGUAACAAUGAAUAGUAUUUAAUGAAAUUGAGACAAAGGAUUUGUGCACAGUGAGGUUACGUGCAGUUCAACAUCAAACAAAGGUCUUGUAUUUUGUGACUUUGAAGUCCGCCGGGCUUCCAGGACAUUCUAUCUAAUUGACAUAGUGUGCGAGGACCUUGGGAAAAUUCAUGACUGUUGAUAAAGCGUUGACUGACACUUUUCACGCAAGUUCAUAGGUCCACAGCUGAGAAUCGAACGCACAAUCACAGUGGUGAGAAGUCAGUGGUGAAAGGCGCUUACUCUGAUAAUCGCCCCGUCCAAAGCACGUAUAAAUACGUCGCCUGCAUAUCAUGCAAAAUUUGUGCGGCAUAAGACUUUUUAAACUUAUUCUUUUAUCAUUUAUAGCCGAUCCUUCCGAAACAUUGAUCUCAUUAAGAAGUGUUUUUUACUCAUCACCACUUGGGCAAUUAUUAAAGCCUGCAUUUGAGAAUGAAAAUGUUGAAGAAGAAGCAGCAAUGAACUACUUGAAUGAUUUCCUACAUAUGAUGUACAAACCUAUAGUGGAGGGUGAAUUGCAGGUAACUAUGUAGCGAAGAAUGGAAACUGUGAACUUGUGUGUAUCAUACGACUAGCGGAAAAUUAAGGACAAACGUCGACGAUUUUGGGCAAAAGGCCUCUGUCUGAAGAUUAUAGCUGCGGAGUUGGGAAG